GCUACUCUCACCCACAUCCGUGUGGAAAGGGCUAAGGGAGGUAACCUUGUCGGAAACCAUGCAACAGAAUCCAAUGAUUUUGACAACAGAAUGUUCAAAGCCUUAGACUACGUCAAUUAUGACCAGCUGCAGGUUAAUGCUCGAAAAGCUUCAGAUGUGGGACAAGAGAGGUUGCCAACAAAUCUCCUGCGCUCAGCAAGCUUGCAAGAACUUUGCUGUGAUGCUAUCAAUGACAGUGCAGAUAUAAGCCUAGGAUGCCAGGAUAUUCUUGUCUCAGCAGUAAAGGUGUUACCUCAGCACCUGUUACCCAUGCUCUUGCGAGUUGCCAUUGACAACCAUCAGUGUACUGCAGUCAGCACCAUCAUUUCAUGUUGGCCUCAUCACACACUUAGUUUUCGUGAAGUAUUAGGUACGGCAAGAUAUGGUGAUCUAUUUCAAGAUGAAAUGGGAUUUGACCUUGUUGUUUUUCGUGGCAUCUUGACUCGAAAAAAAUGCUGCAAGAUGAGGUGUCUUGACUUUCAGGGAUUCAAACUAAACAGAACAUUUUGCAAGCUUAUUGUCCAGAUGUGGCCGUUAAUCUCACUUAAAAAACAACAGAUGAACACCAAACGGCUAGCUACCAUUAUUGUGAAAAAUGCAGGUUUCGAAGAUGACAAGGCAUUCUCAGAAAAUCUUCCAACACUGCUGAAGAACACUUUAGACAGCAUAUUGUCUCGAUAUAAGGACAUUCACAUAAACAUACCUCGAGGUAAAAAACUGAUCAUUAAGCUGGACACACUCUUCUUCACAUCUGGUGACAAUUUUUAUCUGGAUUACCUAGUCAGCAAUUGCUUGAGGUCUAUCACACCUGUGCAGAUCAAGGUAUCCAACAUUCACAUCAGAUCUGGUGCUUUCUCUUUCCCCUGUGAAAUGUCAGAGUUAUUCACACCUUUCAUGGUAAUCCAUGGCCAUGAGGCAGAAACCCUAGAGGGUCUGUCACUGCGCCAACUGGAGGACAGCCUUUUCAUGGUCUUGAGCAGCCAGCUAAAAAAGUUUACCAAUCUGCGAGCACUGGACAUCCAAGACUGCAGCAUCUACCUACAGGAAGGAAGAACUCGAAGCCGCACAGCCUCACGUUUACGAAUAACAGAACUGUUCUCAAGUUUUUCCCGCCUAACUCGACUGGAUCUUAGCUUCAACUACAUUUUAGGUUGCCUUGGGGAGCUUCUUCACUCCCUCAGCUGCCCGCUUGAGUAUCUGGCUCUCAGAGGAUGCGACCUUGAUGAGAGUGACCUCCAAGCUCUGGCCUCAUCCAAGCAUGCUGCUUCAUUACGGGAGUUGAAUCUUAGCAAGCUAUGUCAGGUUGUCUUUUUCUACCAAGGACGAAUACCUCCUAGUGCACUUGUCUCUAUUCUACGGCAUUUUCCUCUCUUGGCCAUCUUAAACCUGUCACAGAAUCAUAUUCCAAACUCACUCAUAUCAGAGUUGUGUUCAGUGCUUCGCUUUCAUUUGCCAAAGCUGAAGGUUUUGGACAUAUCAGCCAAUGUCUUUCUCCCUGAGCAUCAGAUUGACAUCACUGCAGCUUGUGCCAGCAUCCCUUGCAUGCAGAAACUACGUCUCACAACUGUGACCAGCUUUUUGCAGGAGUUUGGAGGUGUUGGCAGGGGUGGCGCAAAGGAGGCACCAAGCAUUGUGCGAAUCUUACAGACUUUGGAAGACCUUGGUCGUCAGGACUUGGUGGUGGAGACUGUGAAUUUGUCACGUGCAAUUUUUAUCGAUGUUGUGGAUGAGUUUAAUUUGUGAUGCAGAUGUUGUCGUGUGAGCAUUUCUUCCAGAAUGUGUUUGUGAAAUCCAACAUCCGGGGAUGUAAAGAUGUAGACAUUUUGCUUUUGCCUGAAAAGGGAUGUGCCAUUGCUUUGACCAGCAUCUGAAUUUCUUAUUGUGAGAAAGUUUUCCUGAUUUUUUAUACACGCAUUCAUUUGCAGGUAUGUGCAUUUGCACCUGUUGUUCAUGGAUGCAUGUGUGUGAGAGAGAGAGUGAAUGAAUGAUAGCAGAAAGGAAGUAGGACUUGUUGAGAAAAUCAGGCGGAAAGAUUUUAUUCUUACAGAUCAUGAAGAUUAUGCUCUGCAUGUCCUUUUGUUUAAUGCUUCAUACGACACUUUUAAUAUUCAAAGAGAGGGAUGUUGACUGGACUAAGCUGACAGCAUUAUUAGCAUUUGUCACAUUGAGAAAUUAACGCAAUUAUAUGUUUUAGUGAGCAGCAGAAAUUGCUUUGUUCAGUGUUUGAAGAAUUUGUGAUCAAUGUAACCACAUCAAAAUACU